AUGAGUGAAAAAAAAAAUGAUUUCUUUUCAUUCUUUAAUGGUUCUCAAAAGAAAAAGGAAACUAAAAAAAUCAUCUUUGAUGAAAAUUUUUUCAAUCUUCAAGUUAAUGGAGGGAAGAUACAUAGUGAUAAGAUUAUUAUUGAAGCUAUUUCUAUUGUUGGUAAUUGUAUUAUAAUAAAUGAAGAUAAUGAGAAGUUGGAGACUGAUAUCAAAUGGUUUUAGAUCUCACCAAACAAUGAUUUCAAUACUUUAGGAAUAACGGGAAACUCAUAUCAACCUAGUAUAGAAGAUGUUGGUUCCAAGUUUAUGAUCCAAGUUGUUCCAAUUAAAGAGGGUAGACAAUAUGAAGGAAUGCCUAAGUCAUUAGAAAUAGGACCAUUACUUAAAGAUGAGUCUAUUCAAGAAGAAAUUGAUGAAUUAUUGGACAAUGAGAAAAUGACUGUAUUUGUCACUUUAGAAUAAAUAUUAAGCAAAGAUUUCGAAAUUGUACUAAAAUAUUAAUUAAAAAGGAAGCAGAAUUGCCUAUCAAUUGUAUACUCAAAAUUACACUAAAAAAUAUGGAAUUAGAACUCAAAAAGAAUGAUCAAACUAUUCAUCAUAUUUAAGUCCCUUUGUAAGCUUAGUAUCCAUCAUGUUCAUCUAAACAAGGCACAAGCGAGAGUUUCAUUUUAAGAGUCGAUUAAAAUAAUCACUUUUAAAUGAAAGCAGCAGAUAAUUCAUAAAGAGAUAUAAUAUUGACUGUCAUUAAAGGAUUUUAUGGUAAAGGAGUAUGGAAGGAUUAGGAAAUUUAAUAAAUUGAGGAAAGUGAGGAUGAGGAUGAAUCAGAUGAACCUGAAUAAUAAGAAUUAGAAUAGAAAGUAGAUGAAAAUACCAAAGAUGAACAAUAGGAGCAAAUUUAAUAAUAAGUUAUAUAGGAAGAAAAUUAAAAAGUGGGAAUUAAAGAAGAAGAAAAAGAGAUUGCAUAAGAGCAAUUAAAUGAUGUAUCAGUUGAGUCAAAUAUAAUUAAAAAAGAUGAAGAAUAAUAAGAAAUUAAAAUUCUAUAAAAUUAAUAAUAAGAUGUAUAAUCAGAAUAACAAUAAGAAACAUAAUUAAUUGAACAAUCAUAAUCCAAAGAGUAAGAUAAUUUUGUAGAUGAACAUAAAUCAGAAAUAGAACAAUAAUAAUAAUAAUAAUAAUAAUAAAUAAUAGAAUAAUAAGUAAAUAUUGAAGAUAAAUAAAAUACUCAAGUGAUAUAAGAAUAGAAUAAGUCAAUUGAAUCAACACCAAUAAUAACUCGAACUAAAUCUGAUGAAAUAUAAAAUGAUGAAUCUAAAAUUUAAGAUUCAGAAACUAUUUAAAAUAAUGAUUAAAUAUAAUAAAAAGAUAUCAUUUAAGAAUAAUAAUAAUAAGAAGAGUAAUAGUAAGAGUAAUAAUAAGAGUAAUAAUAAUAAGAGUAAUAAGAAUAAUAAUAGUCAUAAUAAUAAUCAUAAUAAGAAUAAUAAUAAUAGUAAUAAUAGUAGUAAUAAUAGUAAUAAUAAUAGUAAUAGUAAUAAUAAUAAUAAUAAUAGUAGUAGUAAUAAUAAUAGUAGUAGUAGUAAUAAUAAUAGCAACAGUAAUAAUAACAAUUAGACCUUUAAUAACCAAAAAUAGAUAUUUAAUAAAAUUAAUCAUAAUCGAAUGAAUAAUAAGAAUAAUAAACCAAAGAUGUAGAAAAUAAAUAAUAAAUUGAGAAUAAUAAUAUUAAAUAAAAUGAAUAAAAUAAUUAAGUUAUUAAUGAAGAAUAAUCAUAAGCCAAAUAAAGAGUCGAUCAUAAAUUUUAAUCAGUUAUCAUUAGCUCAGAAAGUAAUAAAGAGGAGAAAGCCAGUCCUAUUAAAAAAAAAGAGAAGAAAAAUAAUAUGGAUUUGUAUAUUCAAAUAAAUGAAAAUGUUAAAUUAAAGCAAGACAUUGAGCAAUAUAAAGUUAAUUAAUAAAAGGAUAAUGAAACAAUCUAAAAAUAAAAAAAACAAGUAAGAUUUUUCAUAUAUUAUAGAUUCAAACACUAACAGAGUAAUUGAAUAAUUGUACUAAGAAUUAUUAUUUACUUGAAGAAGAAUGUACAAAUUAAAAAAAGAUUAUGCAUAAUUUAAAUGAUUAAAAAGUAUUUUUAUAAUAGGAUAUCAAUAUGUACAAAACUUAGUUAUUGGAACUAACAGAAUUCAGUUCAAAUUAGAAGGAAGAAAUUUCAUAAUUAUAAAAAAGAUUGAAAAGAUAACAACAAUCUUAAGAUUUGAAUGAAGCCAAGAAAUAAAUUGAAUAAUUAAAGGAAGAUAUUGCAAAGAAAGAUUUGAUGUUGUAGGCUGCUAACAAGGAUCAUAUUUUAGCCUAAUAGAAAAUAGAAGAUUUGGAGAAGGUUAUUGAAGGAUUUUAGAAUCAAUUAAUUCAUGAGAAAAAGAAAUAUGAGAGUUUGGCUAUGGAGAAAGGAAUUAAGUAGCCAUAAAUAAUUCAAAAAGAUUAUUCAAGAUUAUAAUUUGAGAGACCUAUUUCAAAGGAUAUUAAACCUGUUGCUUAAUCUAUGAUACAAUUAGAUGAUGCAGAGAAGUAUUCAAUUGAUAUCAGUCAAAGCAUGUCUAAGUAAAUAUAAGAUUAAUAAAAUAGUUUAGACAGUGAUGGUGAAGUGAAUCGAUUGAAAAAUUAGAUUAUGCAUUUAGAAGCCACAUUGAGAAGGUAAUUAUUUAAUUUUAUAUAUUUAAAGUUUGAAGAUUGCAUAUGAAUAGGAUAUCAGAUAUACAAAAGGUAAGUCUGGAAAAUCAAUGACAGGAAGUAGUAAAGACAUUAAAUAUUUAUAACAUAUUGCUAAUAAUAUGGCAGAAAUAAUUACAGAGAAGGACUCUUAAUUAGAGAAUUAGAAGAAAAUAAAUAAGGAAUUGCUCACUAAGUUAUAGAUUUUAUAAUAAUAGUAAUAAUGAGG